CUGUUAAAUGAAAACAAAAUAAACGAUUUCAGAUUUGACGUUUUCCAGUACAUAUAAUUUAUUAAAUAAACUUAAGUUUGCAAAACCAGCAUUCGAUAAAUAUGCAUUUAUAAUUUCUUAAUGGUUCGUAAAACACAAAGUGGAAAAUCACCAAAAAAAUCUAAGAAAGUUGACCCUGAAUCGGAAAAAGAUGUCAUGUACAUGACGUAUGGGGAUACAUCUGUUCACAAAAGAAACCUAUGUAUUGUUUCUUUUCCUAUAAUUUUUCUUUUUAGUAUACUAAGAGCUUUAUUAUAUCAAAUUUUUGUGAUUCUCAGAUUUCUUUACUGUAGUUCAUCUAGUUAUUUAGUGAAACCCCGAAAAUUACAGAAUGGUUCUCUAGAAAGUAGUUGUGUAAUUGAAGAAAUUCAAAUGUCACAUAAUGUACAAAAAAACUCAGGUCCUGGCCCAGGGGACCCUCUGUUGGCCAAGCAAAAACAUCACCACAGAAGAGCAUUCGAGUAUAUUUCUCGAGCACUUAAAAUAGACGAAGAGAAUGAAGGUCAAAAAGAAACUGCCAUUGAACUUUAUAAAAAAGGAAUUACUGAACUUGAAUUAGGAAUUGCUGUUCAUUGCUGGGGAGGUAGAGGUGAAGUCUGGGAGAGGGCUCAAAGACUUCAUGAAAAAAUGAAGACCAAUCUAUCCAUGGCCAAGGAUAGAUUACAAUUUUUAGAAAGCAUGGAUAAAUUACAGCAAUUGAGUGUAGAAAAUGAUCAAUCAUUAGUCACCACCCAAAUCCCAGCCUUAAAACCUAGUCUCUCAAAAGCAGCAUCUGGUAAGAAAUUAACUGUAGCUACUAGGAGAUCUGGUAACUCACCACUGUCCAAAAGCCAGACAUUGCCAAGGUCGAUGGGCUCUCGCACAACACCUGUACAACCAGUCCGUCCCUUUAAUAAGCCGACACAAACACCGCCUGCCAUAAAGAAGCAAUUUUCUGUUCCUGGUAGCAGUUCGCCAGCAAGGAAAUUUUCAGGUAGUCAAGGAACAAGUAAACAAUCUGGACGAGGAAAGUCCCCUACUCAACUGAGAGGUGUAGAUCCCAAACUGGCUCAGAGCAUCUUGGAUGAAAUAGUGGAAGGGGGUCCAGCAGUUCAAUGGGACGACAUCGUAGGACAAGAAACUGCCAAACAGGCACUGCAAGAAAUGGUGAUUUUGCCCUCUCUCCGUCCUGAGCUUUUUACCGGACUGAGGACACCCGCCAGAGGUCUGCUCUUGUUUGGACCCCCAGGGAACGGCAAGACUUUGUUAGCAAGAGCAGUAGCAACAGAGUGCCAAGCAACCUUCUUCUCGAUAAGUGCAGCAAGUCUGACUUCAAAAUAUGUAGGUGAUGGAGAAAAAAUGGUGCGAGCCUUGUUUGCCAUUGCGAGAGAACUGCAACCCUCAAUCAUUUUCAUCGAUGAAGUUGAUUCUUUGCUGUCGGAACGUACCAACAAUGAACAUGAAGCAAGCAGGAGGUUAAAAACUGAAUUUCUUGUGGAAUUUGAUGGAUUACCGUCUAAUCCUGAAAGUGAAAAAGUACUUGUGAUGGCGGCAACAAACAGGCCUCAAGAACUGGAUGAAGCUGCAUUGCGUCGUUUCCCUAAAAGGGUCUAUGUUACAUUGCCCGAUAUGGAAACCAGAAUGGAACUGCUUAGAAAAUUGCUGGCAAAACAGGGUUGUUCGUUUUCGCAGCAGGAGUUGAAACGAUUGGGCACUCUGACUGAGGGAUAUUCAGGCAGUGACCUGACAGCUCUUGCCAAAGAUGCAGCAUUGGGGCCUAUUCGAGAAUUACAACCUGAACAAGUAAGACAGAUGGAUCCGAAUGCUGUAAGAAGUCUUACAAUGAAUGACUUUCUAGAAUCUUUGAAACGUAUUAGAAAGAGCGUUUCACCACAUAGUUUAGUUGCAUAUGAAAAAUGGUCUUUGCAGUAUGGUGAUGUUUCUCUUUAGAACUAGAUGUUUUGCAUCAUUCCCAAUUCAUUAAAAUGUCCUUGUUCUGUUAAGUCGCAUUUUGUUUUUUUAUACUUUCCGUCUGUGAUAAUUCAUAUAAUUUAUGUUUGA